AUGGCGGAAUCACCGGAAGAGCGACCUCUUGUGUUGACUGAGGAGGAGUUGCAGAGGCAUGUAAAUAGGCUUACACAGCGUCCUGCACCACAACCUAUUCAUGAUCCGUUUCCCGUCUGUCCUGCUCCGAAGUUAUCACAAGCAGAGAUUGAUCGUAUUGUUGAGCGUGUUUAUUAUGAAUAUGUGAAGCGCCAUGAAGCUGCUUUACGUGAUGCAGAAGAAAGACGUGAGAAAGAGUACGGUCUUGUGAGCACAGUCCUACCUAGUGAAGAGGUAGAAGCUGGAGUGAAACGUUGGUACUAUGAGGCUUUGGAGAGGCGCGAAGCUUCACGUAAAGAUGCAGAGGAGCGUUUAUUAUUUAAAUCUAAAGCCAACGUUCCAACUAUCCCUCUUAAGAGAUUUGUAGAAGAUAUGUAUGCCAAAGGUAUGCAGCGACAGAAAGACAAGGAGCAAUUAUUAUAUGAAAAAUAUAUUGUUGCAACUGAGAUAAAGACCACUCGAAUUUCGCGUAGUGAAGCUGAAGCAAGUGCUACGCGUUUAUCAAGUAAAGGAGGCGCAUAA